AUGGAUGAGCAAACCAAUGAUCAGGUUCAAGCAGUUCGUCAAGACGUUGAAGGAUUGAAAGAUCAAUUGGCAAAGAUCUUGGAACUGCUCACUACUGGAAGAGGAAAGAGUGUUGCAGGGACUUCAUCACAAGUGGAAGUAGAUCUAAACCAGGUACUAGAGGACAUUCUUGCAUACCCUCCAAGUUUUACUCCUCAAAGGCCGUCUAGUCCACGCAUGGUGGAUAGGACAUAUCCUACAUCUUUUCCAGCACCAAAUCCUAACACAACCACCCAACAGGCAGCCCAUGUGAGUGAUCUCAUAUCUACUCCAAUUACGAAAAGUGGUAAGAAAAUUUCAGAAGAGCAGGGUAGUAGAAAAAGAUUAGAAUUUCUAGAAGAAAGAUUGUGCACCAUUGAAGGUAUAGACAUGUACGAAAGUAUCGACGCAACACAACUAUGUUUAAUAUCAGAUGUGGUGAUCCCUCUCAAAUUCAAGAUUCCAGAUUUUGAGAAGUACAAUGGAACCACGUGCCCAAAAAGUCGUCUAGUUAUGUAUUGUCGGAAAAUGUCAACUUACGCUCAUGAUGAUAAAUUGUUGAUUCAUCGCUUCCAAGACAGCUUAGUUGGUCCAGCUUCUCGUUGGUACAUGCAGUUUGAUGGCUCACAAGUGCAUAGGUGGAAUGAUCUCGCCGAUUCAUUUUUAAAACAAUAUAAGUACAAUAUUGAUAUGGCACCUGACCAUUUGGAUCUUCAAAGGAUGGAAAAAAGGAAUGUUGAAACUUUUAAGGAAUAUGCACAACGAUGGAGAGAGUUAGUUGCACAAGUGCAACCUCCCCUAACCGACAAAGAAUUGACAGCCAUUUUCAUAAACACUCUUCGGGCCCCAUACUAUGAUAGAAUGGUUGGAAGUGCUUCGACUAAUUUCUCAGACGUCAUAAGAAUUGGGGAGAGGAUUGAAUUUGGAGUGAAGAAUGAAAGGAUCACCGAUUUUUCUUCAGAGACAAGAAGGAUGAUGACCCUAAAGAAGAAAGAGGAAGAAAUACAUGAGUUGAGCUCGACUUAA